AUGGGAGUUUCAUUUUGGUUCUUCGGAAACUUCUCAGCUCCUUCCUUCCUUUUCUUCCUGCGACGAUCCUACUCAGUUGACUUGUCCAUUCGUCAGUUGAGCAACAUCCUUCUUGACUCGCUCGGAGCAUCUGCUGUACUGCCGAUCUACAUCUCGACUUCUGCACCGUUCAACUUAGGAACGGAGUAUUCACAUCUGCCUUCACCGCGUUGCAUCUACCUGACUCAGUUCCAGGGAUUUUUUCAAAUCACACCCUCCUGCGAAAGUCACCUCAUUUCCUCCAUCACCAAACCACCGCUGACGUAUAUCACAUUGCGCAUCCUUGCCUUGAGAAUCGAGGCACUCACAGCACUACCUUACGGAUACGCUGCCGGUAUUCGGAUACCUUGCGCAAUUUCAGCACCCUCGUUCCUAUUCAGUCUCACCAGUGAACCCUCCCACCGGAGCCAUGACUUAUACGAAUGCCCGACGGAACGAGAGACACACGAGAGGCGCGAGGCCCAGUCCGAUCCAGUACAAUCCAGUCUACACAAUAAUCAAUCAUCCCGACGUACAUUCACCGCUUUCGGAGCCUCACAAACCGUCAACCAGUUUUUGGAGUGCCAGGACCAGCGCCAGCGUCAUUACCGUACCGGUUCCCGAGCCAUCAGCGUCAGCGUCAGCGUCAGGCGCCAGCCUCUCUUCUCCAAUCCUGUAAUCCCGAGGCUCAAAGCCACCAGAGCGACGCCUCUUUCUCCCUCUCUCUCUCUCGUUUCGCCCACCCUUAAACACGACCCUGACUCCAUCGUCCCCAUCAGCGCUGUCUCGACCCCCGCCCCAUCGGAUCUACCAACCUACGGCUGA